GAGGCCGCCAAUCGACGGAGAAGCAAAGGCGGCCACGGAAGCAUGCAGGCCGUCGCCGCCAACUUUUUAUAUCUACGCACUACCGCCGCCUCGCGGGCUAGACAAGCCAAUUCCUCUUCCUCUGAUCGAGGAGAGAGAGAGAGAGAGAGAGAGAGAGAGAGAGAGAGAGAGAGCCUCGCUUUCGCCUCGUCGUCUUCGCUUUGGAGGACGAUUCGUUGCAGUCCAGCUGGAUAAGAAGCGCUGCAUAGUCGUUGAUCCUAAAAAAGAAUAUGGGUCUCCUGGAGCUCUUCAUCACAGCAUGUGUGCCGGUCUUCAACAUGCUUUUGGUAACUGGUGUUGGGUCGUUCCUAGCAAGUGAUUUUGCUGGUAUAUUGGGAAAAGAAGCAAGAAAACAUUUAAACAGUAUAGUAUUUUAUGUAUUCAAUCCAUCCCUUGUUUCAAUAUAUUUGGCAAAAACAAUCACCAUGGAAAGCUUCACUAAAUUGUGGUUCAUGCCAGUGAAUAUUCUUCUCAUUUUUAUCUUCGGUCUAAUCUUCGGGUGGAUCGUGAUACAAGUCACCAGAGCACCUGCAAAGCUAAGAGGCCUCAUUCUGGGUUGUUGUUCUGCUGGCAAUUGGGGCAAUAUUUUUCUUAUCGUCAUUCCAGCUCUUUGCAAAGAGAAGGGAAGCCCUUUUGGAGCACCUGAUGUUUGUCAGACUUAUGGUCUAUCAUAUUCUUCGCUCUCGAUGGCUAUUGGUGCCGUGUUUCUGUGGACGAUUGUGUACAAUAUCGUGCGUGCCACAUCAAAAGUGACUGAAGGAGAUGGCGAUGCUCAAUCAAAUCAGACAAAAGUGUCGAUUUCAGGAAGUGCUACAGGAACAUUUUCAGAAGAGAAUUGCUCAAACUCGAAUGAUCAUACGAACGAAAGCACGCUGCCGUUGAUAUCCAAGAACAUGCCUCCCAACAAAUAUAAGAUCCCACUGUCAGAGAGAGCAAGGAUUUUUUUCUCACGGAUUUCUGGAACAGUUGACCUCAAGAAAUUGUUUGCUCCUUCAACCAUUGCAGUGAUAGUCGGGUUUAUAAUUGGAGGAACACCUCUAAUUAGAAAUACUAUAAUCGGAGAAAAUGCCCCUCUUCGUGUGCUCCAGGAAUCAGCUGAACUGAUAGGUGGAGGUGCGAUUCCAUCGGUCACACUGAUAAUGGGAGGAAACCUUCUCAAUGGAGUACGAGGUGGAGCAAGUGUCCCGCCGUCGAUCAUACUAGGCGUCAUCGUUGUCAGAUACAUUCUGCUCCCUCUGCUAGGCACCGGGCUGGUCAAGGGAGCAGUCCGUCUCGGCCUCAUCCAGCCAGACCCCCUGUACCAGUUCAUCCUCCUGCUGCAGUACGCCGUUCCACCUGCGAUGAACAUCGGGACUAUAAUGCAGCUGUUUGGCGUGGGGGAGAGCGAGUGCUCCGUGAUCUUCGUCUGGCUGUACGCGCUCGCGUCCGUCGCCGUGACCGUCUGGUCCGCGUUCUUCAUGUGGACGCUGUCGACGUGAGCUUGCUGCAGCAGAAAGGCGAGGCCGAAGCGUAGUAUUGUCCCUUUAUAUCGCAUCGUCUUGCUGAGAAUAAAUCAAUUAAUCGAUCUGGACGGACCCUCGCAGCACGUACCGCCGGCCGGGGAAAUGUAACUUUUGAAUGUUGUUAUCUAAUGCGUCUUAUUAUC